GCGGCUGAUUGGUGGAGCUGGCUGGAGCGCCUGGGCCCGGGCCUGCAGGCUGCUCGGCGGGUCGCCGUUGUGGAGGUCGGGAGAUGAAGGGUCGUCGGGAGGGGGCGGGGUGAGGUGACUUGUCUGUUCCUUGGACCGUGAAAGAAGUCGGACAGAGAAAGCACUGUGUGCUUUUAAGUCGUCAGCAGGCUUUACUGAGUGAGACGGCUUCAGUGAUGAGGAUGAUUGGUGAGAAGUUGUCUGCAGGGAUGGAGUUCAGAAGCUAGCAGGCUGCGAUGACUGGCUAACACCUGCAGCAAUCUCCCCUGAAGAUGAGUCGGAGCAGUGAGUCCUUGGUAGCGGAAACGGGACCGCUGAGCAAAUCACCACCGCUCAGCACCCACGGCCAGCCAGGCUUCAGCCUGCAGCCCGAAAGGAUGUGCUCCCCAGAGACUCCUGUGAUCAGGAGGCAGACUCCCAGUCCGCAGCUCCCUCUCUGCAUGGACAGCGAGUGGGAGAGCCGGGAGGAGCUGCGGCUGCGUGAGCUGGAGGAGGCUCGAGCCCGGGCAGCCCAGAUGGAGAAGACGAUGCGCUGGUGGUCAGACUGCACUGCCAACUGGCGUGAGAAGUGGAGCAAGGUACGAGCAGAGAGAAACAAGUCCAGGGAAGAGGUGAGACUGCUGAGACAGAAACUGGAGGCAGUCAGCAAAGAGCUAACAGCCGUGAAACGUGAAAAGCAGGAUCUGUUCAAUGAGAAUGAGCAGUUGAGGUUGGAGACUGCACGGGUAAAGAAUGGACAGCACAGUGAACAGACAGUGGAUAAUAAACUGGUUUCUGAGAAAGAGAGCGUAAUCUUAAAUAUUCCAGAGCAGGAGCCGGUGCGAGAUGUGGGAACAGAGAAAACCUCUAAAAACAAGAACCUGGAGUUCAUGGAAGCGAUCCUGAAAAGUGAGCAGGAGGGCUUGGAGCCAUGGGACAAACACACUGCGCAGACCGUGCGUACUUCGCUCAGCCGCCAGGAGAGGAGCCGCAUCCUGUGGGAAGAGGUGUCCGUGCUGGAAGAGGAUACAAGCAAAGUCACUGCGUUGCAGUUGCGCCUGGAUGAAUCCCAGAAAACCCUGCAGAAAGAGAGGGAGGACAAGAAUGCACUCAGUAAGCACAUUGAGAAUUUGGAGGCAGACAUCUCCCAGUGGAAAAUCAAGUACGAAGAGCUCAACAAAUCCAAGAAGGAGGUGCUUAAACAGCUGAACAUGUUGAAGGAAGUGCACCAGGAUGAGCUGGGUCGGAUAUCUGAAGACCUGGAAGAUGAGCUGGGAGCUCGGACGAGCAUGGACAAAAAACUGGCAGAACUGCGAGCUGAGAUGGAGAGACUCCAGGCGGAAAACACAUCUGAGUGGGGCAAGAGGGAGCGGCUGGAGACCGAGAAGCUGAACCUCGAAAGAGAGAACAAAAAGCAGAGGGCACAGAUUGAGGACUUGGUAGAGGUGUUGGCGAAGAAGAGGAAGCAGGUUGCAAGUGCCCUGGACACGGACCUGAAGACCAUUCAGAGUGAGCUUUUCGAGAAGAAUAAGGAGUUGUCGGAUCUCAGGCAUGUUCAUGCCAAGCUAAAGAAACAGUACCAAGAAAAGAUGGCGGAGUUGGCCCAUGCAAACAGAAGAGUGGAACAGCAUGAAGCCGAGGUGAAGAAACUGCGGCUGAGGGUGGAGGAGUUAAAGAAGGAGCUGGCCCUGGCAGAGGACGAGCUGGAUGAAGCUCACAACCAGGCCAGGAGGUUACAGAGGUCCUUGGAUGAACAGACAGAAGAGUCGGAGAACCUUCAGGUACAGCUGGAACACCUGCAAACCAGAUUGAAGAGGCAGCAGGCAGUCUUUGGGAAAAGAAGCUCUUGUUUUGGCCCAGAUGACCCCAGCGAGACUGGCAGCGACUUUGAUGAUGACCCUGAGUUGUUGCAGUUACAGAUUCCCUGAGCAGCAGUCGGAAGGUUGGUGCGCAGUAGGGACGGACCCUCUCCCCACACUCAUUCACUCUCUGUUGCCUGCUGCAGGCCAAGAGCUGGUGUGGUUCUCUGGUGACCGGUUCAACCUCUAGAAACACGGAGUUCCAGAAACCUGUCCUCCUUAUAACAAAAUUCUCUUCAAGUAACUGUCACCAACUUCAGUAAUGGACUUUGUAUUCUUUCAAAGAUAUUUAUACAUAUAACUGACCACUGUAAACUAUAUUUACAUUAAUUUUCUAUUUUAAACCUGAGUAGUUAGA